AUGGAGAACCUUCCCCCUCUUCUGGAAAGCAUUUACACCACAUGGCUGAACCUCAGCUCCACGAUAUGGGCAAUGGACAUGAUCCUUGCCCUUGUGUGUGGACUGGGGCUCUACCUCCUGUUACUUCCUUUUCUUGAGAGUCAUCUGUCUUCACCUCCAUCAAAUAUAAAGUUAACCAGAAAGCCUCAGAUACAGAUGGCCUGGCAGAGCCAGUUCAAGAAAAAGUUUAGGAAUCAUUUUAGGAAUGAUGCGAAAGCUUGGGGAGAAUGCCUGAAAAAGCUGAAAGAAAAAGAAAAGGAUGAAUUAUUUCUAGAAAAAAUGAGCCCAGGACACCAUUUGAACUCUUUAGGGAAUAUAUUUAACUCACCAAGUGCUAAACAAGACAACACUACCCUGUCACCCUUCUGGAACCUGAAAGAAAAAUCAGAAGAGCAGAUGGCCACUCAGAAACUAUCUUAUCCCAAGAUCUCAGAGGACCAUUUUCAACAGAAAUAUGACCAGCUUUUCUGGGGUCUCCCUUCUCUCCACAGUGAGUCUCUGGUAGCUGCUGCCUGGAUCCCUCAGACAACGUCAACUCUCCCUUCUCCCUUUUUCUUAUUCAAUGUCAUCUCACGUGUUUAUCCAAUUCAACUGCAGGAUAAAAUGUCUCCAAUGUUUCCCCACACACAUCCUCUGUCCUAUCUGGACCUCCAAUCUUCACCCUUAAUUCUGUCUCCACUUGAAUUCCAGACCCCAGCUUUGAAUCAAGUCCAUUUUCAAUCACAUUUCCCAGUCCUACUACCUUCUUCUCUGCCCUAUAAUAGGGAUUUUGGUACAUCUUAUUCUCAAUCACAAAGUAAGCCACAAUACCUCCCAACCGAAAUAAAAUACAACGAAAGGCCCUCACUGGCAAAACAAAUAGAAAAUAGAUUGACUUUACCCUUGAUGGUCCAGAAACCUCAAGAAGCCUAUGACAUCAACCCUUCCCAAGACUGGGUAGUCUCUAUCCUUCCUGAUAAUUUUCCCAUCAGCUGUGAGCUCCGGGAGAAACUGGAGCAACACAUUCAAAAGUGGCUCAUUCAACACCAAUGGAAUUUCCCCCAUAAGAUCCAAGACUCUGAGAAAAUGAAGGAGCUUCAUAACACAGUAAUAGGAAAUUGUCAAAUCAGAGACAAACCUGGCACCUCACAAGCCCUUGGUGAACACAGCAAUGAGGGCCAGAAGAUAAAAUUCCAGCUAGAAAAGGAAUCUGGCAAGAAUUUGGGACCUAUUCUAGGAAAGAUCUCAAAAGAGCCAAUCAGGGGCUUGGAAAAUACUAUAGUAAACAAAGAUUUAGAAAACAACUUGAACGCUCAUUUGGGUACAAAGUCAGGGCAGAUAAAUCAAGGUCUGACCCCUCUAAGUAUGCGACAAUCCUGGCUUGCUAUGGACGAUGGUUUUUAUGAGAUGGAAACCAAAAAUUUAACAUCUUUAAAGAGUUCAGCAAAGUCCAUGUGCUCUUCAGAGAAGCUUGCCUUUCUCAAACCAGAAACUCGACAGGCUCUGGAGGCACAUAUUGUAAGGUUUUGGGCAAAGCACAGGUGGGGUCUACCCCUUAAGAUACUCAAGCCUGUAAACCUCUUUAAAUUAAGUACUGAGUCCUUGCCUGUUGCACUCUGUGCCCAGACUUCCUCAACCACUUCUGUACAUAGGACCAGUUCAGCAGCUGAAGUAGUCAGAGUCCUAGGAAAACCGUGCUUGAGACAGAUGAUAAUUGAGGAUUCUUCUCCAUCACCAGGGAAUCUUCUCCUUGUCUCAUCUCCUUCCUGUAAGAGGGCCAUAAGAAGGCUUCCCUUUGGUGUUGACCAUGAGCCUUCUACAGCCCUGCCAACCAACCCAGAGCGUGGGCGUAUUUCAGAAACUCUCACUUAUAAUUUCAUGGACACAACCUCUCAGAGUAGGACUAUCUUCAAGAAAGCAAUAGAGACUCAAGAAGUCCUUUUACUGCCUAGAAGGACUAGUGACCAAAAUUCAGAGGCAUACAAACUUCAGGAAAAAGUUGUUAGUGAGUUUCCACAUAAUGUGGAGACAGAAUUAGCAGGCCAGCCACAAAUCUGUACCACCACUGUGCUCCCUCCAAAACGUUCCAGGAGCAUGCCUCUUCCAGUAGACACUUUGACUUCACAUGUAUUAGGUGACACUGUGGUGGCAGACAGGGGCAAUAGCCUGGUGCAGCAGAGACCCAGUACUCCAAAGCAUCUAGUCUCACAGAAGAGCCAAAUCAAGAUGUUGGCCCCUACUUAUCAAAGUGAGGGCACUAAGAGACAGAGUGAAAUAAAGUAUCAAGACAGACCUCAGUUCACCCCAGUCAAUGAGAAAAAAGUCAACUUUGGCAGCCAAUACUAUCAGACCCUUCCAAAAACCGCACAAAUGCUUCCAGAAAGGCCCCCCCAAAGACGUUUGGGUCAAUUUCUACAUUGGAUUCACCCCAAGAAAACAAUCCAAGGGCAGGAAUUUCAUCCCCUAAAAGGUAAUCCUACAGCAGCCACUGCCCAGAACCAACGAAGGCAAGUGAGAAAGAAACCAUAUAUGGACAACAAUGUGGCUGAGGCCCAGGAAUUUAUGACAACUGUUGGACAGAUGUUAGAAAAGAAAAUGAUGCUGCAACAUCAACCCUAUGCUUCAAAGUUCAACCAGCACAGGCAAGUUCCUCCAGGCCCCACUUCUCAGUUUUCCCAUGGCCACAUGCCAGUCUCCUACUUACAGCAAAGGAGAGCACCCAGUUACCCUGGCAAUUGCUCGUGUCAGAGGUGUUCUAUACAGAACAGGCACAUCAGAAACCAACUGCCUCAGAAAAGUGUACACUUCAGCAAGAAACCACAGAUCCCACGGAACCCCAGCCACUUGUCCCGUAACGCAGCUUUGAACCUAGUGAAUUCUCAGAAUAGAACAAUAGUGCCAAGAAUCUCAAAUCACCGUCUUUAUUGUCCUAGGCACUGUGUCCUCCAGAGAAAUGUCUGUAGAGAACUAGGACAUUCCUCUGUAGUUUUUCCUAAUAGGAAAACAUAA